AUGCCAUGUGGUGUGGAGUCUCUAAUACUCUCCGACCCUUUUGACGGAUUUCCGGACUACCCAUCGAAAUGGAGACAAGCGUCGGAUGUACCCCAUGCUCCGCGACGGCCUGUACCGCUGAAUCCCGAGGAGAAAAAGCUGGCCGUGGCGAAUGCGCUUCGUUACGUCCCAACGACACACCAUGUGCUUCUAUCCAAGGAAUUUGCUGAGGAGCUUGAGACCUACGGCCACAUUUAUGCUUUUCGUUUCAUGCCGGAUUUUCCGCUAAAGGCACCACCGCUACACGAAAUUCCUGCAAAAUGCAAGCAGGCCGGAUCGAUCAUCUUAAUGAUUUUGAAUAAUUUGGACCCGGAGGUGGCCCAGUUUCCCCAAGAACUCGUGACCUACGGCGGGAACGGUCAGGCCUUUUCGAAUUGGAUUCAAUUUCGUCUCGUAAUCGGUUACUUGGCCAAGAUGACGGACGAGCAGACACUGGUUCUGUAUUCUGGCCACCCCCUUGGCUUGUUUCCCUCCCAUAAAGAUGCGCCUCGGGUGACCAUCACCAACGGAAUGAUGAUCCCAGCCUACUCGACAAAGGCCCUUUACGACAAAUACUUUGCGAUGGGCGUGACGAUGUACGGUCAGAUGACGGCCGGCAGUUUUUGCUAUAUCGGACCGCAGGGAAUUGUCCAUGGGACUACGAUUACGGUAAUGAACGCCGGACGCAAGUAUUUAAACACCGACGACCUGGCUGGGAAGGUCUUCGUCACUGCGGGUCUGGGCGGAAUGUCCGGUGCACAGGCAAAGGCUGCAAAAAUUGCCGGUUGUGUUGGAGUGAUAGCAGAGAUUUCCGAGAAAGCGCUGAAGAAGCGGUACGACCAGGGGUGGCUUGAGGCAUACAGCCGUGAUCUUGACGAAGUCGUCCGUCUGAUCCACGAAGCUCGAGCUGAAAAGCGGGCCACCUCAAUCGGAUACCUCGGAAACGUAGUCGAUUUGUGGGAGCGCCUUGCCGCCGAACCAGACCAUUUGGUCGACUUGGGAUCCGAUCAGACGUCAUGCCACAACCCGUUCCUUGGCGGGUAUUACCCAGCGGGAAUUUCUUUUGACGAAGCAAACAUGAUGAUGACCGAGAAGCCCGAGCAGUUCAAGGAGCUCGUCAGGGAGAGCCUCCGCCGCCAAAUCGCGGCCAUCGACACGUUGGCAAAACGGGGCAUGCAUUUCUGGGAUUACGGCAACGCCUUCCUCGUGGAGUGUCAACGCGCUGGGGUGUCGAUGUUGAAAGAUGGGGCAAGAGAUGACAAGGAUUUCCGCUACCCGAGUUAUUUCCAGGAUAUCAUGGGUGACAUCUUCUCGAUGGGAUUCGGGCCGUUCCGCUGGGUGUGCACUUCCGGAAAACCGGAAGAUUUGCGGGAAACUGACCGUAUCGCAUGCCUGGUGACCGACGAGUUGCUAAAAGGAGAUGCCCCCGAAUGGGUCAAACAACAAUACAUUGACAACCGGAAAUGGAUAGUGGAGGCGGAUGGACAUCGACUAGUCGUCGGCACACAAGCCAGAAUCUUCUAUUCGGAUCAGGAGGGCCGGACCGCCCUCGCACUCGCCUUUAACGAAGCCGUCAGGCUGGGCAGGAUUUCGGCCCCGAUUGUCAUCUCUCGUGAUCAUCACGACGUGUCGGGCACCGAUUCGCCGUUUAGAGAAACGGCCAACAUCACUGACGGGAGUGCUUUUACGGCCGAUAUGGCCGUGCAAAACGCGAUUGGGGAUGCCAUGAGAGGAGCGACGUGGAUCUCGCUGCAUAAUGGCGGUGGUGUCGGAUGGGGUGAUGUGAUCAAUGGAGGGUUUGGCAUGGUGUUGGAUGGUACGGAGGACACGGAUCGUCGUGCGAAGGCUAUGCUAGCAUGGGACGUGUCAAAUGGAGUCGCGCGUAGGUCGUGGAGCGGAAAUGCCAAGGCUCGUGAGGCCAUCCAGCGCACUCAACAAGCAUCCAAUGGCCUUGAUGUCACUAUCCCGAACGUCGUGGAUCCGAAGCUGCUUGAGGGAUUGUUC